AAGUGCAAUUUCAUUUGAAGGUCAUUUCUCUAACCCAACCAUGAUAUCUAGGAUGCUGAUGUUUGUACUAAGAUGUCUAUUUCUGAGUUUAGUAGGUGUAUUCAUAGAAACCACUGUUGUACAAGGCUCAAACAGAUGUAAGUACCCUGCAAUAUUCAACUUUGGUGACUCAAACUCGGACACCGGAGCCAUAUCUGCUGCAUUCACUGUGUUGCAUCCUCCCAAUGGCGAAAACUUCUUGGGAAGUCUCUCAGGAAGGGCUUGUGAUGGCUGUCUCAUCAUUGAUUUCAUCACUGAAGAAUUGAAGCUACCUUACCUUAGUGCAUAUUUGAACUCAGUUGGGUCCAAUUAUAGGCAUGGUGCAAACUUUGCAACAGGAGGCUCUUCAAUUCUUCCUGGUGGUUAUAGUCCUUUCCAUCUUGGCCUUCAAAUAUCGCAGUUCAUACAGUUCAAGUCCCGCACCAAGAUUCUCUUCCACAAGCUCUCUCACAACAGUAUAACAGAACUAUCUUAUAAAAGCAGUAUUCCAAGACCUGAUGACUUCUCUAGGGCCAUAUACACCUUUGAUAUUGGACAAAAUGAUCUUGCCUACGGUCUUCUGCACACUUCAGAGGAAAAAGUUCAGGAGUCCAUUCCCAAUAUCUUGAAGCAGUUCUCCCAAGCAGUGCAGCAACUAUACAAUGAAGAAGCAAGAGUGUUCUGGAUUCACAACACAGGUCCCAUUGGGUGCUUGCCCUUCAAUUUCCUUUCUUACAAGUCAAAGCAGGGUAACCUGGAUGCCAAUGGUUGUGUGAAGCCCCAGAAUGAGAUUGCUGAGGAAUUUAAUAGGCAACUCAAGGACCAAGUAUUUGAGCUAAGGAAAAAGCUCCCUCUAGCCAAGCUCACUUAUGUUGAUAUGUAUAGAGCCAAAUAUCAACUUGUCAGUAAUGCAAAGAAGCUAGGUUUUGUCAACCCUUUGAAGUUCUGUUGUGGCAGUUACCACGGUUAUCAGAUAACUUGUGGGAAGAAAAGCACAUUAAAUGAAACAGUUUACGGUAAUGCAUGUAAAAAUUCAUCUCAACUUGUGAGCUGGGACGGCAUACACUACUCUGAAGCUGCAAACCGUUUGAUUGCUAAAGGAAUUCUUCGUGGAGACUUCUCCGACAAACCAGUUACUAUUGGCCAGGCCUGUUUCUGAACACUGCAUUUUCGAUAUGAUAUUUC